CAGGAGCUCUUGUCAUUGGCCAAACGGAAACGUAGUGACUCUGAAGAAAAGGAGCCACCUGUGAGCAAACCUACAGCAUCUUCAGACUCUGAGACGUCAGACAGUGAUGAUGAGUGGACUGUUGGAGGUUCUAAAAACAAAAAAAAGGGAAAAGCGGGUAAGGCAGAGAAGAAAGGAGCCAUGAAGAAACAGAUGAACAAAGCUGCCUCUUCAGGCAGCUCGGAUAAAGACAGCUCGGCUGAGAGCUCAGCACCUGAAGAGGGAGAAGUCUCUGACUCAGAAAGCAACAGUUCCUCAUCUAGCUCAGAUACAGAUUCUUCAUCUGAAGAUGAGGAAUUCCAUGAUGGCUAUGGAGAAGAUCUGAUGGGAGAUGAAGAAGACCGAGCUCGACUGGAACAAAUGACAGAAAAAGAGAGAGAGCAGGAGCUGUUUAACCGGAUAGAGAAGAGAGAAGUGCUAAAGAGAAGAUUUGAAAUCAAGAAGAAACUAAAAACAGCAAAAAAGAAAGAAAAGAAAGAGAAAAAGAAAAAGCAAGAGGAAGAACAAGAGAAGAAAAAACUCACACAGAUCCAGGAAUCACAGGUUAUGUCACAUAACAAAGAGCGGCGAUCAAAGCGGGAUGAGAAGCUAGACAAGAAAUCUCAGGCAAUGGAGGAGCUAAAAGCAGAAAGAGAGAAAAGGAAGAACAGAACAGCUGAAUUGCUUGCAAAAAAACAACCAUUAAAAACUAGUGAAGUAUACUCUGAUGAUGAAGAGGAAGAGGAGGAUGAUAAGUCUAGUGAGAAAAGUGAUCGUUCUUCUAGAUCUUCAUCCUCUGAUGAAGAGGAAGAGAAGGAGGAGAUUCCUCCUAAGUCCCAGCCAGUGUCCUUGCCUGAAGAACUGAACCGAGUACGGUUAUCACGACACAAGCUGGAACGCUGGUGUCAUAUGCCUUUCUUUGCCAAGACAGUCACUGGCUGCUUUGUCCGUAUUGGCAUUGGAAAUCACAACAGCAAACCAGUUUAUCGGGUUGCUGAAAUAACUGGUGUGGUAGAGACUGCAAAGGUUUACCAGCUUGGUGGUACCCGUACAAACAAAGGACUACAGCUGCGGCAUGGCAGUGAUUCACGUGUCUUUCGUUUGGAGUUUGUCUCAAAUCAGGAAUUUACUGAAAGUGAGUUUAUGAAGUGGAAGGAAGCGAUGUUCUCUGCUGGGAUGCAGCUACCCACACUAGAUGAGAUAAAUAAGAAAGAAGUGUCCAUCAAAGAAGCCCUCAACUACAAGUUUAAUGACCAGGACAUUGAGGAGAUUGUGAAAGAGAAGGAAAGGUUCAGAAAAGCACCACCAAAUUAUGCUAUGAAGAAAACACAGCUGUUAAAGGAGAAGGCUAUGGCUGAGGACUUGGGGGACCAAGAUAAGGCCAAACAGAUUCAAGAUCAGCUUAAUGAGCUUGAAGAGAGAGCAGAGGCCCUGGAUCGUCAACGAACAAAAAACAUUUCUGCAAUCAGUUACAUCAACCAGAGGAAUAGAGAGUGGAAUAUCGUUGAGUCUGAGAAGGCUCUUGUGGCUGAAAGUCACAGCAUGAAAAACCAACAAAUGGACCCCUUUACUAGGCGGCAGUGCAAGCCCACAAUAGUGUCUAAUUCCAGAGAUCCUGCUGUCCAAGCUGCCAUCCUUGCCCAGCUAAAUGCAAAAUAUGGGUCUGGUGUAUUACCAGAUGCUCCAAAGGACAUGACUAAGGGUCAAGGGAAGGAUAAGGAUGUGAACUCUAAAUCAGCCAGUGACCUCUCAGAAGAUCUUUUCAAAGUGCAUGACUUUGAUGUAAAGAUUGAUCUUCAGGUUCCUAGUUCAGAAUCUAAGGCACUGGCCAUCACCUCCAAGGCUCCACCAGCAAAGGAUGGUGCCCCUCGGCGAUCGUUGAACUUGGAGGACUACAAAAAGAGGCGGGGGCUUAUUUGAGCAUGCCCACUCUGCUGCUUCUGAUCCUGCAUGCUCCAUGACGAUGUCCUACCUUUUCUUCCUCCUUUUUCAGUUCUCCCUUCUGGGUUGGAGCAGCAAUGGAGCUGGGAAGAGACUCUUUGAAACUGCCAGUCAUCUGUAACAUAAACCAUUCAACUAUUUACUGUAUAGACCUCCCUUCUUGCCCUUUCCUCCUGCCCCCCUCACAAAUGUGGAUCUGUGCUAUUUGGGGUUUUCCCAUUUCUUUUAGUUUGUUUUGGUUUUAUUUUGUUGAUGCAGCUCGUUGGUCCACUCUGUGUUCAGUAUUAGCCUGAGGUCUGGAUUUCCAUAGGAAUCUCUUGGUGGUCACAGAAUCAGCACUUGGUGAUCUCCCCUUACAUACCACCACAGGCACAAUGAAUAAACAUUGGCGCAAGACCUUUGUGGCUGGAAGGUCAUCUGCACUUUCUUCCUCCUCUUCUUCCUCCUUCAUCCUAGCUUUGGAGAAGGGAAUCUUCAAAAACUGGCUUAGGUUCAAAGUGUAAAUUUUUUUGGGAGGGUUGUGUGACUUUUUUUCAGGUGUUUUUUAUCAUUUUUAAGCUGCAGUACUAUUUGUAUCCGUCUGUCACAGUUCUUUACGGCUGUUUUGAAUUUCUACCAGCUGUACUUGAGCAUCUGAAAUUGCAAGAAAGAAACUCAUUAAAUGUGAUUCUUCGUACUAAAA